AUGGACGCCUGUGCUCGCGAGAAUGUGGCAACUACAUUACAGCAACAUUGUGCAUUUGGUGUGGACCCAGCUUUAUAUACAAUAUUGUUUAUACUACAAGUCUCAGGUAUUCAGAUGUUUUAAACCUAGUUUUUUUUUUUUCAUAAAUAAUUUUCGCCAAUAAAAAAAAAAUACAAUAAAUAAUAAAGAAUUUCUUUUAUUUAUAACAUAAUUUAUCAGUUUUCAAAUUUUUCUGCGGCCACUAUUCUAGAGUGGCCUGUUAAUGAAAUAUUUUUAAUUAAUAUUAGCCAUUAUAAAUAUUAACAAUUUAUUUUUAAUAUUAUUAAUUUUAAAUUUUAUAACAUUAUUUGACCUUUUAUUGUUUAUAUUAUAAACAAAUUAAAUUGGACUUUUCCAUUUAAGUAUUUUAUGGUAGGACUUUUUUUCAAACUCUCACAGAGGCCACCUUAAUAAUAUGAUUUUUAAAAUCAAAAGAUUUGUAGUUUUUUUUUCAUAUACUUAAUUUGAUUAUUUUUCAAUUUUUAUACCAAUAUUAAUUAAAAUGUAUUAAUACAUGUGUGUAUACAAUUCUAUGAGAGCAGAUCUAUCUUCAGAUAAGACGCGUAAUAAUUGUGGUUAAUAUGCUAAAUCAAAAUGUGACGUCAAAUUUUGUUUAGGUGUAACAAAAGUAUCGUUUUGCUUUUGUAGCAGCGAAUAUUUCAAAUUUCAAUUUUUCAAAAUGAGGUACCUGUUGGCUAUUAUAAUGAAUUUAUACCUGAUAAAUAAAUUAUAUUGUUCUUGUAAUCCAGAUUCUAUAAUCAUCUUUACAGCCAUACAGCCUAA